AUGAAGAGACGAAGGCCGCUUCAUGGUGAAAAUGGCAAAAGAAGCCCAAGUCUGGAAGUCCCAUACCUGAACACGGAAGCUACCAUUUACACAUGGGGCAGGAAUGGGCCAAGCAAAACCACAUCAACACCUAACACAGGAACCAGGGAACCCACCUCAACAACUACCACAGAAACCAAUAAAACCAACGCAACACCUACCAAAGAAAGCAGUGAAAGCAUCUCAACACCUCCAGUAGAAAUCAGCAAAUCCAGCUCAACAGCUACAACAGAAAAAACCAGUGAAGCCACCUCAACACCUACUACAAAAACGAGCGAAACCACCUCAACAAAUACCACAGAAGCCAGCAAAACCACUUCAGCACCUACCAUAGGAACCAGAACCACGUCAACACCUACCACAGAAACCGGGGAAACCACCUCAAUGUCUACCACAGAAGCCAGCAAAACCACUUCAGCACCUACCAUAGGAACCAGUGAAACCACCUCAACACCUACCACAGAAAUCAGCAAAAGCACCUCAACAACUCCAGAAGAAAUCAGUCAAUCCAGCUUAACACCUACCACAGAAAGUAGCGAAACCACCUCAGCACCUACCACAGGAAGCAAUCAAACCACCUCAACACCUAACACAGAAAUCAGUGACACCACAUCAACAGCUAUCAUAGCUACGAGCGAAACCACCUUAACACCUACCACAGAAACCAGUGAAGUCACCUCAACACCUACUACAAAAACCAGCGAAACCACCUCAACGAAUACCACAGAAGCCAGCAAAACCACUUCAGCACCUACCAUAGGAACCAGUGAAACCACCACAACACCUACCAUAGGAAACAGUGAAACCACCUCAACACCUACCACAGAAACCAGCGAAACCACAUCAGCAUCUACCAUAGGAACCACUAUCAUAGCGACGAGCGAAACCACCUUAACACCUACCACAGAAACCAGUGAAGCCACCUCAACACCUACUACAAAAACCUGUGAAACCACCUCAACAAAUACCACAGAAGCCAGCAAAACCACUUCAGCACCUACCAUAGGAACCAGUGAAACCACCACAGCACCUACCAUAGGAAACAGUGAAACCAACUCAACACCUAGCACAGAAACCAAAGGAACCACGUCAACACCUACCACAGAAACCGGGGAAACCACCUCAAUGUCUACCACAGAAGCCAGCAAAACCACUUCAGCACCUACCAUAGGAACCAGUGAAACCACCUCAACACCUACCACAGAAAUCAGCAAAAGCACCUCAACAACUCCAGUAGAAAUCAGUCAAUCCAGCUUAACACCUACCACAGAAAGUAGCGAAACCACCUCAGCACCUACCACAGGAAGCAAUCAAACCACCUCAACACCUAACACAGAAAUCAGUGACACCACAUCAACAGCUAUCAUAGCUACGAGCGAAACCACCUUAACACCUACCACAGAAACCAGUGAAGUCACCUCAACACCUACUACAAAAACCAGCGAAACCACCUCAACGAAUACCACAGAAGCCAGCAAAACCACUUCAGCACCUACCAUAGGAACCAGUGAAACCACCACAACACCUACCAUAGGAAACAGUGAAACCACCUCAACACCUACCACAGAAACCAGCGAAACCACAUCAGCAUCUACCAUAGGAACCAGUGAAACCACCUCAACACCUACCUCAGAAACCUCAACACCUAACACAGAAACCAGCGAAACCACCUCAACACAUUCCACAGAAGCCAGUGAAACGACCUCAUCACCACCAAUAGGAACCAGUAAAACCACCACAACACCUACCAAAGAAAUCAGCGAAAGCACAUCAACAACUCCAGUAGAAAUCAGUUACUCCAGCUUAACACCUACCACAGAAACUAUCAUAGCGACGAGCGAAACCACCUUAACACCUACCACAGAAACCAGUGAAGCCACCUCAACACCUACUACAAAAACCUGUGAAACCACCUCAACAAAUACCACAGAAGCCAGCAAAACCACUUCAGCACCUACCAUAGGAACCAGUGAAACCACCACAGCACCUACCAUAGGAAACAGUGAAACCAACUCAACACCUAGCACAGAAACCAAAGGAACCACGUCAACACCUACCACAGAAACCGGGGAAACCACCUCAACGUCUACCACAGAAGCCAGCAAAACCACUUCAGCACCUACCAUAGGAACCAGUGAAACCACCUCAACACCUACCACAGAAAUCAGCAAAAGCACCUCAACAACUCCAGAAGAAAUCAGUCAAUCCAGCUUAACACCUACCACAGAAAGUAGCGAAACCACCUCAGCACCUACCACAGGAAGCAAUCAAACCACCUCAACACCUAACACAGAAAUCAGUGACACCACAUCAACAGCUAUCAUAGCUACGAGCGAAACCACCUUAACACCUACCACAGAAACCAGAACCAGUGAAACCACCACAACACCUAGCAUAGGAAACAGCGAAACCACCUCAACACCUACCACAGAAACCACCGAAACCACAUCAACACCUACAAUAGGAACCAGUGAAACCACGUCAACACCUUCCACAAAAACCAGCAAAUCCACCUCAACACCUACCAUUGGAACCAGUGAAAUCACCUCAACACCUACAACAGAAAUCAGGGAAACCACCUCAACACCUACCACAGAAACCAGCAAAACCACCUCAGCACCUACCAUAGGAACCAGUGAAACCACCACAACACCUACCAUAGGAAACAGUGAAACCACCUCAACACCUACCACAGAAACCAGGGAAUCCACCUCAACAUCUACCACAGAAGCCAGCAAAACCACCUCAGCACCUACCAUAGGAACCAGUGAAACCACCACAACACCUACCAUAGGAAACAGUGAAACCACCUCAACACCUACCACAGAAACCACCGAAACCACAUCAACACCUACAAUAGCAACCAGUGAAACCACAUCAACACCUUCCACAGAA